CACCUGUCCGCCCGCACCUGCCUGCUGACCGCUGACCAGCCUCUCCCUCGCACCGCAGCCUCGGGCGCAGCCAGGGUACUUUGGGGGACUUCCAGCACCCGGGACCGCGCCCAUACAGCCCCUCCACCUUUUGUUUAGGUAGGGUCGCCGAGAGCGCGGGAGGGAACUGCCUGGCCUUCGCGGAUCGCUUCUGUCGGCCACCAGUCCUCCGGGCGUAGCCUGUUCCCUCUGCUGUGAGACCCUCGCCCCGCCGGCGGGGUCGGUUUGUGUUUACUUCGGGUGUCAAGAAGACUUGCAGUCACUCGACCAGAAACUUUUUUGACUCUUUGGGUGACUUAAAACUCCACCUCAAGUUGUCUUUUGUGGGGUUGCUCCUCAAGGUUUGUUUGUUUUACUGCAGGGUCGCCCGCCCGGCGCCCCGAGUCUUUUCCGAGGGCGGAAAUGGCCAAUUCGGGCCUGCAGCUGCUGGGCUUUGCCAUGGCUGUGCUGGGCUGGGUGGGCCUGGUGGCCGCCACCGCCAUCCCGCAGUGGCAGAUGAGCUCGUAUGCGGGCGACAACAUCAUUACGGCCCAGGCCAUGUACAAGGGGCUGUGGAUGGACUGCGUCACGCAGAGCACGGGCCUGAUGAGCUGCAAAAUGUACGACUCGGUGCUCUCCCUGCCGGCGUCCAUGCAAGCCACCCGAGCCCUAAUGGUGGUAUCCUUGGUGCUGGGCUUCCUGGCCAUGUUCGUGGCCACGAUGGGCAUGAAGUGUACAAACUGCGGGGGAGACGACAAAGUGAAGAAGGCCCGUAUAGCCAUGGCCGGAGGCAUCAUUUUCAUCGUGGCAGGUCUUGCUGCCUUGAUAGCUUGCUCCUGGUAUGGCCACCAGAUCGUCACAGACUUUUAUAACCCCUUGGUCCCCAUGAAUACUAAGUAUGAGUUUGGUCCUGCCAUCUUCAUUGGCUGGGCAGGGUCCGCUCUGGUCCUCCUGGGAGGUGCCCUGCUCUCUUGCUCCUGUCCUGGAAGUGAGAGCAAAGCUGGGUACCGUGCACCCCGCUCCUACCCUAAGCCCAACUCUGCCAAGGAGUACGUGUGAUCUAGGACCCCCUCGCCCCAGCCUGGCAGCCUAUGGGUGUGCCCAGACACCUGAAAGGACCUGGGGUAGACAACUCAGCCCUUGGACAGGGUGCGGAGCAGAAGCCUCUGGUCACUCCAGCCCUGCACACCAUGUACAGUUCCCUGGGGGGUUGGAUGGGGGAGCCAAAAAGAGGGGAGGGUGUGCUUUUUGUACAGUAAUAAACAGUAUGUUUUGGAAA